CCUGACCUAAUGUAAGCAGCUGUUAGAGGGUUGUCUGUCUGUGUGGGGGUUUUGAGCACCCAGACUGUACCUCAACCCAGUCUGUGUUUACCACUGACAGUAUCAGCUCCAGGGUGUUUAACACCUUUUUACAGGGCAUAAGAGUUCUUAGUGGAGGCAGGAGACAAAAAGCAUUUCAUGUCGUCUCCAAACUCUACCACCGUCUCCUACCCUCCUACUUUGCUCCUGGUUGGCAUCCCUGGGCUGGAGAAGGAGCAGUUCUGGCUUGCCUUCCCCUUCGGCAUGAUGUAUGCCAUUGCUGUGCUGGGGAACAUCACCCUUCUCGUCUUUCUAAAGACAGAGCCAAGUCUGCAUGAGCCCAUGUACCUCUUCCUGGCCAUGCUGGCCUUCACCGACCUCGUCCUCUCCACAGCCGCUCUACCCAAAAUGCUCAGCAUCUUCUGGCUGGGCUCUGGGGAGAUUGGGUUUCUCUCCUGCCUUGUUCAGUUGUUCUUCAUCCACGCCUUCUCGUCAGUGGAGUCAGGCGUGCUCAUGGCCAUGGCCUUGGAUCGCUAUGUUGCCAUCUGCUACCCGCUCCGGCACUCCAGCAUCCUCUCCGUGCCGGUGGUGGUGACCCUUGGGAGCCUGGUGCUGGCCCGCGGGGUCGUUCUGGUGAGUCCCUUCUGCUUCCUGCUCCGCAGAUUGCCCUUCUGCCAGCGGCACAUCAUCUCCCACUCCUACUGCGAGCACAUGGCUGUGGUGAAGCUGGCCUGUGGGGAGACCACAGUCAAUGCCAUUUACGGGCUCUUUGUGGCUUUUGUGCAGGCGGGGUUUGAUGUGAUCGUGAUAUUUGUGUCUUACACAAAAGUCCUGCAGGUAGUAACGAGGCUGCCAUCCACAGAGGCAAGGCUCAAGGCCUUCAGCACUUGUGCAUCCCAUGUCUGUGUCAUCUUGGCACUUUACACCCCUGCCCUCUUCACAUUCCUCACCCACCGCUUUGGGCAGAACAUCCCCCACUCUCUCCAUAUCAUGGUGGCCAAUCUCUACCUGCUGCUGCCCCCCGUGUUAAGCCCCAUCAUUUAUGGGGUGAGAACCAAACCGAUCCGGGACAGAGUGGUCCUCCUCUUCCGGCAGAAGGCAACCUGACCCACACCUAUGUGCCUCAAAGCAUGCACAGAAUUUACUGAGGACCUUGGCAGAUUUCCUGAGGGGUAAAGUUAUGACCCUUUUUUCAGGAGAAUCCCUUCCUCAAUGCCUGGAGUUUAAACAGGGCACU